AAACUUUGUUAGACUGCACAUGGUUUGGAUGAAAGCACAUACAAGUAAUUAGUAUUAUUAAAGCUCUAAUGACAUAAGAUAAGAGCUUAAUGUACAAAGCUUCCUUCAAACUACUGACUUACAGUUUGAAGGUUGGACUUCCCACUUUGUUUUAUAUACAUCCACUUUUAAGUUUACUUUGACAUUUCUUUUCUUUAGAAAUAGUUGAUUGACAGUGAAGUUCUGCAAGUAAUGUUUUAUCUGUGCACUGCAAACACUAAGAAAGCAAAGAAAGCUCCUGCAAACAGUGAUAUGUCUGUGCUUGCUGCUGCCAGUGGUGUAGUACUAGAGCAUGGCAAUAGAUGACUUGGAAAGCCCAAGUUACAGGGCAACAGGCAUAUUUUAUGGUGUAUACCGCACUUGACUGUGGUUCCUUCAUAAACCCUGAGAGACAAAAAAGUUGACCUGCCAAGUUCAGCCAAACACAGACGCCCAGGAGUCUACCCAAGGUCUCUGCAACCACACAGCCCACUCCUUUUCCAACUUAGACUGAGAGAGAGACAGAGAGAGAGAGAGACACAGAGAGAGAGAGGAAGUAACAUGAGAGCAGGACAAGACCCCUUCAGUUUACUGAGAUUUACUCAGGAAUGGGAUGACUUUUUGACUUCAAAGUUUUCGUUCUAAACUUUUCCUGUCCCCUGUUGUUGUGGCUAAAAUGGUCAUGUCAUCUAAAGUUCCUGAUGUGUCAUUAUUAUUCCACGGAAGGAGUAGCUUCAGACAAUGGUAAACAGGAUAUUGAGGCUCUUCACUAAACAUUCUGUUUUUCUCUUUCUGCAUCUGGCUUUAACAAUAAAUUGGUUUGUUUGCUGCAAGACAAAUGGAGCAACUAAAGAACGAGUCACCCACACAAUGCACUCAGUGGUAAUUUAUGCGUGUUUGUCGCUUCUCCUGUCAUCCGUCACAACAGGCCACACAUCCCAACAUGAGGACAUACUAUUUUUGCAGUGACACAGCUAAAGAGAUGGAGUCCUGGAUGAAAGUAAUGACAGACGCUGCACUUGUGCAUUCAGAGCCAGUCAAAAGGCUGGACAGGCUAAAAGUGGAGCAGUGUGGACCACAAGAGAUACAUCAUGUGGCCAACAACAGGCCGCCUCUCACUCAGCCUGAAAUCCAGAAUAACGAGCGUAACCGUGAGGUGGACCAUGAGCACACUGCAUCAGUUACAUCCAGCACAGCCGAAGAAGAGAGGAAGCAGCAAGACGCUGAACGCUACGGCUUCCAGAAGGACGGGGCGGAGCGAGAGCGUCCACUAACGAAGAUCAACAGCAUCAAACUGCAGCCGGCUGAGGCAGCAGCCAUCAAGGCUAACCUCGCCUCACCACAGACUCCCGCAGAGACCGAUGGGUUGCAACGCAGCCCACGGGUCAAUGGGUCUGAUGAGCAAUGUCCAACCAAUGGGACCAGAGUUCCUCCUCAACGGAGUCCCACCCAUGAGCCUGACCAUACCCUAAGCAGGACCAGCUCUAUGCAGCAACUGGAGCAGUGGGUCCGCACUCAAAGAGGACGCAGCCAGGACGAUGACACAAGAAGCAUUACAUCAUACCAGACGCUGCCUAGAAACAUGCCAAGCCAUCGCGUACCCUAUAUGUCUCCUUAUGGCGAUGGCUACUGCAGUAUGCCCAGAAAUAGCAUGGCGCAGCGGGACAGCAUCUGCAGCAUGUCCCCAUCUCUCUAUGACCAGGCCCUGGGUCCCUCAACUGUCGACAAGCGCCGCUCCAUGCGCGACGACACCAUGUGGCAACUAUUUGAAUGGCAACAAAGGCAGGCCUACACCAGGCAGCCAGGCCUCUACAGCAACAUGGCCAGUCCCAAAACCAUGAUUAACUUGUCAGAGCAUGCUGCACCCAGCCAUUCAAUACCCCCCUCGCCCUCCCAUGGCUCCCUGUCAAUGUACGGUGGCUACUCGCCAAUGAGAUCCUACAACAUGAACAGUGCUCGUUCAGAGCUAUCCUCGCCCAUCUAUAGAAGAGACAUGAGCAUCGACAGGCGGCACAGACCACAACCCAACAAGCAUUAUGCCUACCCACCUGAUAGAAGAUCUAUGCCUGCAGGGAUCCCAGUCCAGACUAUCACUGCUCAGUCUCUCCAAGGCAAAACACCUGAGGAACUGACUCUGCUGCUGAUAAAGCUGCGGCGGCAGCAGGCAGAGCUAAACAGUAUCCGGGAGCACACUGUAGCACAGCUUAUGCAACUAAACAUGGAUGGCAACAACCCAAAGAACGACAUUCUCUCCCAUCACCUCCAAAGGAACCUCAUGUAUUUGGACAAUCAGAUGAAGGAAAAUGACCCUUUAAUCGUCAUGACUCACACUAUGAUUGAGAACUCUGCCCCGAGGCCUCAACUUUACCAGCAACUGAGUCCAGAAGACUACAGUCAACACGCCUAUACCUGUAUGCCAGAGGAGGUGGACACUGAUACCAAACUGAGCCGUUUGUGUGAGCAGGACAAACUGGUGAGGACACAGGAGGAGAAACUUCAGCAGCUGUACAGAGAGAAGCACACCCUAGAGACAGCACUUCUGUCAGCCAGCCAGGAGAUAGAGAUGGGCUGUGAUAACCCUGCUGCCAUGCAGAGCGUGAUCCAGCAGAGAGAUCUACUGCAGAGCGGCCUGCUCAGCACCUGCAGAGAGCUUUCCAGAGUCACAGCCGAGUUGGAGUGCUCAUUGAGGGAGUAUGACACGCUGGAAGGAGAUGUGACUCUGGCUAAGAAUAACCUUCUGGAGCAGCUCGAAGCAUUAGGAAGCCCUCAGACCGAACCGCCAAGCCAGCAGCACGUCCGCAUCCAGAAAGAACUGUGGGGGAUUCAAGAUGUGAUGGAGGCCCUCAAUAAACAUAAAGCUCAGAGAAAUGCUGUUGAUGGUGUGAACUUCUAUGGGUCCAAGAACAACUUCAGCAAGCACAAAAAUGAGGAGGAGGACUCGAUACCCCCACGGCCACCCCUACCCCAGUCCUACGAGCCUAACCCCCCCACGGUGCCCCCCUUGCCCUCUCAUGCCGGUGUACGCACUUCAUCCCUCCACAGGCCAGAGGACAGGAAGGCCAAUCACAGGAACAGCACGCACAGCGGCCCAGACUACCGACUGUAUAAGAGUGAACCAGAGCUCACAACAGUGACAGAAGUGGAUGAGAGCAAUGGAGAGGAUCGAUCCGAACACCCGUCUGAUAGGGAACAUUCUGGAAGCAAAGGGAUGUCCUACCCAGUUGGUAUUGUCCCACCCAGGACCAGAUCUCCAGUGCCUGACUCAUCCUCCAUAGCUUCAUAUGUAACCUUAAGGAAGAGCAAGAAGCCUGAUCCAAGGACGGAGCGUCCACGCAGCGCCGUGGAGCAGCAGCUGGGUGCUGCGGAGAGCAGCCGGCCAAGGAUGAGCGUGGAGGAACAGCUGGAGAGGAUCAGGCGCCACCAGCAGGGUGCCCUCAGGGAGAAAAAGAAGGGCCUUAACAUCCGGGGUGGCAGCCAGGAGAACACACCUUCUCGCAGUCACUCAUUUACCAAAGAAACCCACUUUAGAAGCAUGCAGACACAAAUGAAGCGCAGAGAUGAUGUGGUCAGCUUUGACAUUCAGGAGCUGGAGGACUCCCUCAGGCAGCAGGAGGUGGUGAGGGAGCAGGAGACGCCCGCAGAGGAGAUCGCCCGUCUCAAAGAAGCCUCUCAGGCUGAUAUAUUAAACAUGGACCGAGAGCUCGCAGUGCCAGACAAAGUGCUGAUUCCUGAGCGUUAUGUAGAGUCUGACCCAGAAGAACCUCUGAGCCCUGAGCAGGAGGCUGAUAAGCAGAGGAAAGUUGACCGCAUCAAAGCUCUCAUAGCCAAAAACAGCAUGCAGAAUGUUCUGCCUGGUAUGGCUCUAAGCCCAGAGGAGGAUACCAUGGACGAGGUCACCGUACAGGAGAAAGAGAAGAUGAUUAAUAUCUCCUACGAGUUGGCAGCAGAGGCCUCCAAACGCAGCAAGCUGGUAGCAGUGAAAAGCCUGUCGUCUUCUCCCCCACCCCUUCCACAGUCUCCUAACACACCCCCUCAACUCACUGACGGGUCUCACUUCAUGUGUGUGUAGUUGCACCACACAGGCUCUGGCCUCAGUAAAAACCUACACAUGAAGGAAGAAGCCUUGGAGGUAUAAAGAUGCUUCAGAAGACUUUCUAAGAACAUCAGCACAAGGCUACUGCCUACAGAGAGAGAAACUGCCUAUUCUGAACUCCGGGGUCUUAACCUCUGACUUCUAUAUUCCCACUGUGACGUCUUAAGCUCCUAUGCCACCAAAAACAUUUUGUGUGACAGUUUCUGUUGUUCCCGCCUUUUGGGCACCACACUUUCCUCAACCUGGAGAGGCAAUGCAGCUUCGAUACUGUUAUAAUUGCAGUUCCAUUUUCAUUUUUUACAAGACUUUUAAGGUUGUUUUUCAUUAUUUAUAUGGUUUUAUUAGGUUCUUGUUUAAACAUGAGUCAACUGUACAUAGAUAUGAGGCAAAAAGACUGAAAUCUGAAGUUAGACUAAAGGCUUGUCACAUAAGGCCUCUUUUUCACCACCUAUCCCAUAAGGAAUGAGAACUUUUUACAUCAUUUUAUUUCCCUCAAAUCUUUUAAUAAGUCACCUAAUUAGUUUUUCAGACAUCUGUCAUUAACUAGCCUGUCAUAUUUAUCUACUGUAUGAAACAUUUGUCUAUGCGAAAGAUUAGUAUAAGAGAUAUAGAUGAUCUAUUAUGGUGAAAGGAGGGGGGUCAUCUCAUUACUGCAGACUGAUUAUAGAGAAGACUAUUUGUAAUUUCUCCUUUUCCUGGGUUGUUGUUUAAAAAAGGAUAUUUUGCAGUACCUGUCGCAUUGUUGCCGACAAAUAUGUGAAUGUUCAGCCUUCAGUCUCUCUAUACUGUCUUUUUUUAUUGCUGAGAUAUAUAUUUAAACAAAGAGAAGGAAACAAAGUUUGGUUCUAUUUUAUGAAAUGUUGGUUUGAUGUCUUGGAACUAAAACGAAGAUUAGCACAUGUAAAAAGCAAUACAAUUUAAAUGUUUGUGGAUCUGGGAGUAAUAUUUUUUUUUUUCCUGUGUGUAAAAAGUGUAAUUAUUAGAGGUUAACUGUGUAUAUACUGUACAUGGUAUAACAGGAUGGGAAUAUGUAUCCAUCUUAAUGGUUACAUACUAGAUUUGAUUUGCAAAUGUUCAUAUUCCAUCUGUUUUAUAUCAUGUUAAAUAAAUGUUGCUGUUCUUUAUAAAA